UCAAAUUCUAUAUAAAGAUGAAAACCGUUCGUCUAUAUUAAAUUCGUUUUCUAUCAUCACAAAGCGUAUUCCGUAUUUCGUAUCCAAGUUCAUACUACAGAAUGAAGUAUUUCCUCUUUGCCGUCGUUUUAAUUUUGGCUUAUGUUCAUUAUUCGUCUGCAGGAUCGUGCUAUUGCUACAGUCGAGCCGGUACUUAUUGUGGUUUUCAGCGAGAACACGGUUUUAUAGGAGGAGAUUGCACCAGAGAUAAUAUGUACAUAUGUUAUGGUCCACACGGUUCAACUGCUGGCUGGGACGGUAGAUGCCGGCAAGGUAUUUGCAGAGGAAGCUUACCAGCAGGUCGUGAUUACUGUGAACAUGGAAAUUCCAGAACAAAAAAGAGAAGCAUAGGAAUAAUGCCAAACAUCACUAUAUAAUGUAAGAUUUUUUAAAAUUAUUGUU